UAAAAAUAAAGAUGCUAUUUAAGGUGCAGAUUUUUGCAAUGUUUUGGGGAGUUUAUGGCUAUCAGCUCAUUCCCAGGAUUGAAGAUUGUGGACUGACAUGUUCUCAGGGAUUUCUUUGCAGAACACAAACUUCUAGUGGUAUUCUUAGCAGCUUCUGCCAUCCUGCUCCUGCCUCUCUCUCUCCUACCACCCUGAGAAGCAUGAAGCUGUGGACUGCAAUGAAGUGUGCAGGACAAAGGCAAUGCUCUCUUCUCCUAAGUGUUAAGGGAACACUACAUCUCGAGGAAAAUAUCCGUGGCAUGGAAAUUUGUUAUCUCUCAAUGGAAACGCAGAACUCUCAGUGUGUGAGAGUGAAGAUCUCGAAGGACAUAAAUGUAAAAUCUGCUGUAAGGAAGGUGAAAGUGCAGUUUAACUGCUUUGAAGUCAGUGCAGGACAACAUCUCCAUGUGACCAUGAGGACAAUUCCAAAUUACUGCGGAGUUAAAAAGGAUCAAGAAUAUUAUGUUGAAGGUUGGAAUCCAUCUGUAGAAAUAAAUGAUGAUCUUGGAGGUUGGGAGGGUGUAAUGAAUGAGAAAACGGAGAUUCAUACUGGCCAGGAAAUUAGAACUCUAAUCCCAACUCUUUUGUCCCUUCCCCAUUUACCAGCACAACAGCUGUGUGAGGCAAGAAGACAGAUGUCUCAGAAAAAUAAACGAUCUGUUUUGAAUUUUGCAGAUUGCAGAAACAGUGUUGUGGAGGAAAAUAUUCCAGUCUGUUUUGCUUCAGGCAUCAGAAUAAUUUAUGAUGUGGACAGAGCAAGAAAAACCAUAUCGGUGGAUAUUUCAGAGGCUGCUCAAGGCACAGAUUAUUACGUUCGCCUUUGCCACCAGUGGUUUCUUUGUGAAGAUGUGGGUCCAGUCACCUUGGUACAAGGGAAGGACUUGGUGAAACCGGUUUCUUUACAGUACACUCAGUUGUUGCCUUGUCUAUGCAUCGAGGUAUGGCCAGCAAUUUCUGAUGCACAGAGAACCCAGUUAUGCCCGUUUAAAAAUGGCAAUUAUAUAAUGUGCUUUUACUCAGCCUUCAUUUCCCUCCUGUGUUGCUUUUUAGAUACCAAGGCCCUGUGGGACAACGUUAUUUAUAAUCCCAACACACAGACACUGGCAUGGGAAGCAGCCUGUCCUGUCCAUGUUACUGUCAGCCUUUGUCAGCUCAUGAAGACUAAUGAUCGGUGCGUUGAUCUAGAGAACACGGCAAAUAUUGCUGCAGAGAAAGUAAAAUAUUCUCGAGUUGAUGCGCAGCCAAACCUUUGCAUGAAGUUUGCAACUAAACACGGUUCUUGGAUUCGAUGCCCAUUUGCUCGUGGAAAUCCCCAAGCUUGGGAAAUGAAUCUUGCUGUGAUGGACAAAUGGAUAGAAGUUUCCUUCAUGUCGCAAGCUGCCGAGGCAGAAUUUUCCGUUCAAGUAUGCAACAAAACAGAGGCAUCUUUAUGCAACUCUACUGGAAUCCACCAGCCCAUCUCAGUGGCUGGCUUGAGUUCAACGUAUGUCAACAUUUCAGGCAAAACAUGUGGCUCAGACAUCUGCAUUCAGGGACGGAGGACAGAUGUAGACUAUUCUAUCCCUUCACACAUCUGUGAUUUGCCCUGUAUUUCUGCUACUCGGAGUCAGGAACGUGACGAAAAUUCCUUAAGCAUCCUAUCUCUAAUAGCAUUGCUUGUGUUGACUGUGACCAUGAUGGGCCUCCUGGGACAUAAAGUUUUAUCAGUUUUUCACAAGGAGAGUCACAAAGAGAAAAGCACAGCACAAACCAAAAUGCAGAGUAUGAAGAGCACCUGUUCUUUGCAUUUAUGAAGAAAAGCAAUCAAUUUAGAGGAACAAUUUCAACAGCCUUCUCAAUAUCUGUGUUACUUCUCUUGGGGCGAGUUGCUCUUACUUUGGUGAAUAGUUGCCACGUGCCAGUAAUUCUCAUUGAUUUCAAGGACUAUUCACGAGGUCAAGUUUUUUUGAGGGCAAGCCCUUACUUACAAAGGGAGAGAGAAGAGUGAAAAACAUUCUACGGUCAGUUUUGAUCUCCUUUGGAAUCGACAGAUGUGCUCAUUAGAUGUUGCAGUACAUGCUGUGGGAGCUGCUUUGCCAUAGAUUCAUCCCACAGUGUUCUUGCAAACAUUCAAAGGUCCACAGCCACCAGGGUAGGGCCCUGGCUAGCUUGGAUCUCUCCUACAGGAUAAUUGUCCUCCCUCUUGGUGGGUUGGUAGUUCCAGAAACGCCUGGUGGGCUUUUAAAUAUUUGUGGCAGCUUUGUGGGAUAAGCCAAUGGAAAAGUGUUUCCACGGUGCACUUUAAAACAGUAUCAUACCACUUUAGACCCAGUGAACUGUAGUUUGUAAAGGGUGCUGAGAGUUGUUAGGAGUCCCAGUGCUCUCCUUACAGAGCUAUAGUUCUCAGAGUGGUUCAAGGGUCAAGCCCACUUCCCAGGGCAAUUGUACUCUGGGAAUUGUGCUCUGGGAAGGGAAGAGGGGUUUUCCAACAAUGCCUAGCCCUCUUAACAAACUACAGUUCCGAUGAUACUGUUCUUGGCUGUUUAAAGUGAUGUGAUAUUACCGGUACCUUAAAUGUCUUCUUCUUUGGCGAUCACUCGUAGCUGAGUAAGAUUGUCCUCCAUAAACACGGUCUUAACAGUGAGUCCGUAAGUGACUGUGGAGGCCAAUUCUGGAUCCACAUGUCCUUCCACAGUGGAGACAUAGGUUUCCGGGUGGGAGUUGAUCACGGUGUGGAUUUGCCAAGCGUGCCUUCCUCUUAGCACGUUUCUCCCUUUCGUUCUGAGUUUGAGCGUCUUCAAAGUCCAUGACACCUUUGGUGCCUAAGUUUUGUUAUUUGAGGGGUAUCCCAUUUAUAAUAUGUUACUUUGUCAAAUCCAAGCACAUCCCAGAAGUUAUUGAAUGGAAGAGAUUUUGUUUGGAUAUUUGUUAUCUAUUUUAUUGUUUGUGUCCCCCUCCUCCUUUGAGCUGUUACUUUUUAUUACCGAGGAAUAAAAAGUUCCCGUCUUGCCAUGGACAGAAACCUAACCCUUAGACAAUUCUCAGGUUUUAUCGCAUAGUUGGAUUUUUCUACCUGGAGAUAGCAUGCAUUGUUUCUGUGGUUGAAGUACUCGGCAAAGUUAUUAUGAAGCAAGCUCAACUGCAUUUUGUGGGACUCGCUUCUGUUGAAAUGCUUUCAGCAUCCGGUUUUAAUUCCUAUCCACAGAGUUUGUGAGAGCCUGUUACAGAUUAGUAGACUGUUUCUUCGAUAGCUUUGGGUUUAUUUUCUAUCAUCUUAACUAGUGGUAAGUUGUUGUUGUUUUGGCCAGCACUUUUAAAUGCUCAGAGACACUGUGUGCCACAGAGUGAGCUGGUCAGUAAAUCACACAGUUCAAAAACACGACCUUCACAGAGGUGGCCUAAUAAACACAGCAGCUUGUUCCCUGUAGGUCUUAUUCCAGAAAAUCAGUUGCUGAGACUAAAGGUCCCUGUCUCCCCAAACCUGUCUGUGCCUCCUCCUCUCCGGGGCUUCUUCCAAGCAAUCGGACGAGCAAUUGGAGACUGAGCCUGCAUGCAGCCAGCCUCUCCUCCACCCUUUUCAUGUCUCUUCUGGUUCUGGGAGACAAGCAGCGAGGGGAGCUUAUCUCAGCAGGAGAGGGAGAUACCUGUGACUCUUCAUCUUCUAACUCAUCUCUGCCUCCUGAUCUCCCUUCUCCCACUCCCCUGCUUUAGCUUCUUCCUCUGAUUCUUGACUGCUCUCUGCCACAGACUCCCCCAGCUCACUAAGUCCUAUUGCCUCUUCAGCUUCCAACACCUCCUCUUCCCUGUCUUCUCUCUCUGACCACUCAUUGUUGUCCCAUCACCACUUCUCCUGUGGGUGCAAUUGAAAAAGAAUGAGAAAGGACACUGCGCCAGGAUGUUCACUUCUAGAGGAAGGUGCAGAAUCACCUAUAUUCUUCUUUCCUAGGUAUACUUGAGGAAACCCCUUCAUUGUUUUCAUCCACAUGGGGAAAUUGGGUCUGUGGUCUGCUCGCCAUUUAGAAUUCCUAAUGUUACUUAGAAAUCUGAAAGAUAUAAUGACGUGUUCUUGUUAUGUACCAACCCCAUUAUUUAUACUUACAAAUGAGAAUAAUACCAUGAACGCUACAA